AUGGAGGAUUACUGCUCCCAGAUCUCCAUGCCUUCCUCAUCCUCCAGUGGGUCCUCAGGGAACAACGGCUCAGAUGUCACCCGUGGAGAACAGAGCCCUUCCCCCUGUAAAUCGCUCGGCCCCGCCCUGCUGUGUAAGGUGUGCGGGGACAGCAGCAGUGGUAAGCAUUACGGGAUCUAUGCGUGUAACGGUUGCAGCGGCUUCUUCAAGCGGAGUGUGCGGAGGAGGCUCAUCUACAGGUGCCAGGCUAGCAUGAGCAUGUGUCCCGUGGACAAAGCACACAGGAACCAGUGCCAAGCCUGCCGACUGAAGAAGUGCCUGCAGGCUGGCAUGAACAAGGAUGCGGUGCAGAAUGAGAGGCAGCCUCGCAGUACAGCGCAGGUGAGGUUGGACUCGAUUGACCUGGAUGCCAAGCAGCAACACCUGGCCACCACAUGGGAGCCAACCCCAUCUUCCUCUUCCACCUCCUCCUCCUCCUCCACCUGCUCCUUCUCUGACGCCACCAGGCCCCACAUUACCUCGUCCAUCUCCUCCUCCAUCACCUCCUCCACCCCCUUGCCGCAGUGUGCCGCACCUCAGAACAACCACCGCUUCAUGGCCAGCCUGAUGACUGCAGAGACCUGCGCCAAACUGGAGCCGGAGGAUGCGGAUGAAAACAUCGACGUGACGAGCGGCGAGCCAGAGAGGACGCCCUCGGACUGUCGGAUGUCGCUCUGGCCUUCCGGGAGCCAGGAGAACGUGUACGAGACCUCUGCUCGCCUGCUUUUCAUGUCCGUCAAGUGGGCCAAGAACCUGCCCAUCUUCUCUAACCUGCCCUUCCGAGACCAGGUGAUCCUAUUGGAGGAGGCCUGGAGCGAGCUCUUCCUGCUGUGUGCGGUGCAGUGGUCCAUGCCCCUGGAGAGCUGCCCUCUGCUGUCCCUACCUGACCUGUCCCCAACCUCACAUAGCAAGGCCAGCACCUCCACUGCUCAGCUGCGCCUCCUGCAGGAAGUUUUUGGCCGCUUCAGGGCCUUGUCCAUCGACCCCACUGAGUUCGCCUGCCUGAAGGGCAUCAUCCUGUUCAAGCCAGAGGCCCGUGGCUUGAAGGAUCCAGAACAGGUCGAAAACUUGCAGGAUCAGUCUCAGCUGAUGCUGGAUCAGCACGUCCACGCACAAUAUCCUGGUCAGCCUGCCAGGUUUGGGAAGCUCCUGCUGCUUCUUCCUUCCCUGCGCUUUGUGGCAUCGGAACAGAUCGAGCUCCUCUUCUUCCACACCACCAUUGGCAACACGCCCAUGGAGAAGCUGCUCUGUGACAUGUUCAAGAACUAG